UCAUAUCCGGCAGUCUCUGUGCCCGCUUUAUUAUUGGCUCGCCUGGAAACAGAGGAUGUAAACAACGAAUAUGUUGGGUUUGAAUAGUUCCCGCCCGCGACCUGCAUGCAGUAUGCAUGAAAGAAGAAUACACACAUUGCUGGAAACCAUAGCAUGAAAACAAUGCCAAGAAUUACCAGUCUAAAUUUUUUAUUUCCUAGCUAAAUGGACAUGGUCACUUUUCUCUAUUCCUCAAUCCUUAUAGACUGUAGAAAUAUUAUUGGAUUUCAUGUCUACAAACCGUUAUUCACUGACAGAUACUUUGGGAUUUCCAAUAUUGAUUGCUGUGUAGCAUAAUUAUUACUGCCAUCGCAUGUCUAAGUAGAUGUUAUUGGUUUGAGCUCUACGUUCAUACAAACUGAUAACUGUUGCUGUGCAUACAAUGUGAGCCACAUUUAUAUGACUAGGUGAUGGAAUCGGAGGGACCACUGGUCAGGAGGCGUUAUUCUGUACGGAAAAGGAGUCUACCUACUGGCCGUAGUGGAUCCACUCCAGCAAAGAAGAGAACAAAUAGAGAGGACGAGGAUUUGGUUCAAAGUUCUGACAUUUUGAAUGAGAACCCUGUGUUAUCAAGAUUCAUGGAGGACAGUGCUGGUGAGGAAGACUUAUUUGGGGAUUAUGACAGCUUUGCUGGUGACCCUUCCAUUUUAGCUGAGGUGGAUAACUUGGAAGAGCAGUGUAAGCAGGAUUCUGCAAGAAUCUUUCCCCAUACAAGCCCACAACAAAAUCCUGAAAAUCCUAAUUUAUUUACCCCUGAAGUGCAAAAUACAGCUGGAUGUGUAUCUGCCUUCCUACUCAAGUCUGAGCAGGUUUUUGAGCAAACAGCCUCAAAUGAGUAUAAAGACUUAAGUGAUGAUUUCUUAGAUGACAUUCCAUGCUCACAAAUAUUUUUCUGUGAAGAUACAGAUCUUCCAGUUGGUAGUUUUACAGAAGAGAAUUUCAGUUGCAAUGGGAACAUGACUAUUAUUAGAGGACCUAUUAAUGAGAAGAGUAAUCCACAUACCUUACUCAAUGACAAACUAUUCAGUAGUGGCCUGAAUAUUGCUGGAGCACAAGGCAAAUUGAAGAACAUUAAUGGUGCCUCUGUAUUGGACUGUUACAAAACUUCUCACACCAUUGAAGUUCCUGGAAUUGACUCUUCGAAACAUUUUCCGCUAAAUCAUGAGCAGGGACGGAGAAAAAGCUUGAAGGAUAGUCUAAAAAAUACUUUGGCCAGCAAUGCCAAAGGUCAAAGUCCACAGGUCUCCAGGACUUUGCAGCUCAAAGAAACCAUUCUUUUAGAGGAAAUUGAUGUUGCUAAGAAGACUUUGGAAAACUCGUCCGAUUUCGAUUUGGGCCCAUUUUAUGGAUUACCGAGCAAAGUUAGUGAUCUAAUUGAUCAGUUUAGAGGAAUAAAAGAACUUUAUGAUUGGCAGCAUACAUGUUUGACUUUGGAUUCUCUUAAACAAAAGAAAAAUCUGAUUUAUUCCCUUCCAACCAGUGGAGGGAAAACACUAGUUGCUGAAAUCCUUAUUCUUCAAGAACUUAUAUGCAGACAGAAAGAUGUGUUAAUGAUCUUACCAUAUGUAGCAAUUGUGCAAGAGAAGGUUCGGGGCCUAUCCAGUUUUGGAGUGGAGUUGGAUUUCUUGAUAGAAGAAUAUGCUGGUAGUAAAGGAAGAUUCCCUCCCAUUAAAAGAAGGAAAAAAAAGUCCCUCUACAUUGCAACUAUUGAGAAGGGACACAGCCUUGUAAACUCCUUGAUUGAAAAUGGACGGAUCAAUGAACUGGGUCUUCUUGUAGUUGAUGAGUUGCACAUGUUGGGUGAAGGAAGUCGAGGGGCUAUUUUGGAAAUGACUCUUGCCAAAGUUAUCUACACUAGUGAAAACACGCAAAUCAUUGGAAUGAGUGCCACCUUAAACAAUGUUGGUGACCUGCAGAAGUUUCUUAAGGCGGAGUAUUAUACCAAUAACUUCAGACCUGUAGAAUUAAAGGAAUAUGUUAAAAUCCGUGACAGUAUUUAUGAAGUUGACAACAAAGCAGAGGACAACUUUACAUUUGCACGACUUCUCAACUACAAGUAUUCUAGUAGUUUGCUGAAGAUGGAUCCUGACCAUAUAAUUGCUUUAGUGACAGAAGUCAUUCCAAAGAAAUCCUGUCUGGUCUUUUGCCCCACAAAGAAGAAUUGUGAAAACGUAGCCGAGAUGAUUUCUAAAUUCUUGAAUAAAGAAUUCUUGGGUCACCGAGAAGCAGAAAAAAACCAAUUAAUUAAAGAUCUGAAAAGCACAGGGAAUGGAACAAUGUGCUCUAUCCUGAAACGCACAAUUAAAUUUGGCAUUGCUUACCAUCACAGUGGAUUAACUAAUGACGAGCGGAAACUGGUGGAGGAAGCUUACUCAGCUGGGACCCUCUGCCUCCUUGCAUGCACCUCAACAUUAGCAGCAGGAGUUAAUCUACCAGCUCGAAGGGUUAUUUUGCGAGCACCUUACGUUGCCAGAGAUUUCCUCAAGAGAGCCCAGUACAAACAGAUGGUUGGCAGGGCUGGUCGAGCUGGUAUUGACAGUGCUGGAGAGAGUAUCCUCAUAAUACAGGAAAAAGACAGGCUAUUGGUGCGAGACUUAAUAAGCAAACCAAUGGAGAACUGCUAUAGCAAUCUCAUGCAUGACUCUGGGAAAGGGUUCAAAAGUCUUUUACUUUCACUUAUCGGGUUAAAGGUGGCAAGAACUACUGAGGACAUCUACGGUUUUAUUUGCUACACGUUAUUUGGUGUACAAGGUGCACAUUUUUGUACAGAAAAGAGCUUGUGGGAUAUUACAAAGGAGUCUCUACAGGGUCUCACAAAUAACGGUCUCAUAUACAGCAAAACAUGCAGUGAAUCCCAACAGAUUAUAUUUGAAGUCUCAAAGCUAGGUCUAGCCACAUUUAAAGGUUCCAUUGAUUUGGAUUACAGUGGUGCGCUCUACUGCGACUUGAAAAAAGGUCUGGAAGGACUGGUUCUGGAGAGUUUCCUCCAUCUCCUAUACCUGGUGACCCCAUAUGACAUGCUUUCCAAUUGCAGCCCAGACUGGAUGAUAUACUUCAGACAGUUUAACCAGCUGAAUCCCACGGAACAGAAAGUAGUCGCAAGUGUGGGGGUACCAGAAAGUUUCCUGGCUCGCAAGGUUUCAGGUCAAACUAUAAAAAAUAGUGUCGAUAACAGAGUGGUAAAUAGGCUGUACCUUUCCUUUGUUUUAUACAACCUGCUAAAAGAAACCGAUUUAUGGAUUGUAUCUACAAAAUUCAACAUGCCAAGAGGAACUGUCCAAAAUUUACUCAAUUCAUCUGCUUCUUUUUCUUCUUGUGUGCUUCAUUUCUGUGAGGAGUUGGAUGAAUUCUGGGCAUAUAAGACCCUUCUCCAAGAGGUAACAAAGAGACUGAGUUACUGUGUGAAGGCAGAACUUAUCCCUCUUAUGGAAGUGACUGGUGUUUUGGAGGCUCGAGCUAAGCAGCUUUAUAAUGCAGGAUUUACCACUCUGGCCCAUCUUGCCAAUGCUGACCCAGACGUAAUGGUCAAGAAUAUUGAACACCUCUCCAAGCGUCAGGCAAAACAGAUUGUUUUCUCUGCAAAGAUGCUUCUGAAUGAAAAAGCUGAAGCCCUUCAAGAAGAAGUUGAAGAUCUUCUGCGCUUACCAACAGAUCUCCCAGUACUUAAUGAAACUGGAAAUCCUGAUAAAAAAUGAAUGAAUGUAUGUAAAUGAUCUAUAUUGAAGAUGUCUACGAAACACUAAAAUUAAGUAAACACCUAUUCAAUAAAUUCAAUUUUAACCAAUUAA